AUGUCUGCAGUGCUGAGCAGCAGCGAUGCCCCCCCUGGUGCGUUUCCUAACACCACAGACUCCUCCACACAGACCACCCAGCCCACGCUGGCUGUCAGCACCCAGGGCCAGGUCACGCUGCGGCGGAGCCACACCGACAGCAGGCCGCCCCGUAAACCACGGCCCUCCUCCAUGGUGGACUACAACAGCUACAGACACACACAGCAGCUGGUCAGGAGGAUCCUGGAGCAGCCGGCCGCCCAGGGACUGACCCCUGAGGUGCAAGAGCUGGUGGACAGCAUCCGGACCGUCCUGCAGUCCGACCAGGAGCACAUGGAGGAGGCGGUACGCUGCGCCAGCUACAUAGAACAGGUGUUCACAGACUCAGAGAUGGGUCCCGGGCAGCCCAAACCUUCCCAGCAGGCAGCAGGCAGCCACUCCCAGACGUUCCCUCGCCCCCCCAGGAGAAGGGCCGGUCUGCUGCACCUGCAGAGCUGCGGCGACCUCAGCUCCUUCACCUGUGAGGCGAUAGAGUCUGCAGAACAUCGAGGAAGCAGAAGAGUUGGGGCCAGGGCAGGGUCCAGGGCAGGGUCCCGCCUGGAGCACCCUGAGCGCCCCCACAGUCUGAUCGGAGUCUGCAGAGAGACGGUUCUCUAAAGGGGAAAACCAAAUGUAUUCAAAUAUGUGGAAACACAGCUAGAUGCUGCUUAAUCUGUUGCUAAACUUUGAGAGAAAACUGUUGUAGUAUAACCACUGAGGAGGAUCUGCAAGUGUGUGUGUGUGUGUGUGUGUGUGUGUGUGUGUGUGUGUGUGUGCGUGUGAGCAUUUUAAUCUUUUUUUAAAUUGCUUUGCUCUACUGUACUUUAGCAUUCAAAGUUGUGUAUGCUUUAAGGUUUUAACAUUGUUAUAAUUUAGCAUUUGUUCCUCUCAACUCAUACAGCUAUGUUGUUCACCAUACAGUAUAGUAUGUUGUUUUCUAAUGGUCAGAUGCAAUGGGCUAAAUAUUUCAGAUAUUCUACUGAUAUUUACUAAUAUUUCAGAAUUUAAACAAAAACAUGUACAUUUUGAAUUUUUUACAUAUAUUAGAAAAUAGAACAAAGUGGUGAUAAGAGCUCAAAGAUCUUGCUAAUAAUAAUAAUAAUUAUAAAACUAUUUUAAUACUUAAUUAUAUACAGUACUAUAAUUAUAAAAGGCUAUAGACCAGGGAUUCUCUGGCUAUAGACCAGGGACCCUCUGUCCCAGUUAACUUAACUGUGGCAGUUCCAGUGCAAUUCAUUGACUACGUUCCAAAACGUUAAAAACAUUGAAGUGUGGGAACGCAUGUGAAGCUUACGAUGACAAAGAUAAGCAUGUUUAAAAUGACUGUUUCUGUCCCUGUUAUUUAUUGGCAAGCUAAGUUAGAACAUUGCAGAUUGGAAAUACAAAUGUUGGUUGAUUAAUUUAGCUCUCAUACUGUUUCUCACAUUCUCCAUGUCACUGGAGUGCACUGCUGUGUUAAUCUUUGAAGCAGAUUCUUGAGUGCGAGGGGUUUCCCAUCUUCACUCGGGGUUCAAACUGUGGGGAGAGGAGUUCUGAGGACAUUGCCCUCCUUUUCUGAAUGGUAAAUGUGAAGUUUCUGGCACACCACAAGGGCAAGCUGUCAAGCUAGGUACUCAGUGCACAGCGGGAUUAUGAUGGAGGUCAGGCCACGUUCAGUAUGCUCCCUCAGUUUGAGCUGACCGAGGAACGGCACUUCAGCCAAUAAAUGAAACAUGCUUUGUCAGUACCCUCAGUACAGUACACCUUCUAUAAGCACACAGAGGGCCAGGGUGUUGUGUUAUUCCUGUAUGUGCCUUUCACUGACUGGACAUUUCAGCUGUUGUCAUGCCUUUUAUGAACAUGUGCACAUAGAGAUCAUUGUAUAUUAAACGUUAUUAACACUGUCCUGAUUCUAUAAAGUCCCUAAGAGAUCAUGUUGCAAUUGUUUUUCUUUCUGAAUCACUUUGUGUUGCCUCGUAUUCAGUUAAUCGUGCAAUAAUUUUUCGUUAGCUUGCAACACAAUCCCUUUGAUACAGGUUUCAGCAGGGUACUACAACAGGAGCUAAAUGACUCUGUGCCGAGGAGGACCCUGCUGCUUCUAGCUAUGUCUCCGGCUAUUGCAGGGACUAUGGUUGAAGCCACGACCACAGAAACAGAAGGAGCCUGAAUCAUGGAACAUUUCGGAAGAAGGCCUCAAGCACAUCUUUGUACGAGUGAGGAGGAAGUUCUUCAUGCAUUGUGCCCGGCCUAUCUCCGCUGCUGCUGCUCAUUUCUUCCCCACUGAAAAGUAUUCUUGUACAUUACAUCUCUGCACCCAUAUUUCUCAGAUGCCAUUUUUAAAACAGCCUGGAGUUCUUCCCCAUCUAUGUGAGUCAUGUGAAAUGAUGGUGCUGGAUGCUGGAAGUAUAACUGAUUCCUCUGUCAAUUUAGAACGCUCUGAUAGAUAAUUAUUACAAUAAACUACAUUUACAAUCAACAAAUGAUUACA